AGUGCAUUUCGAAACUGGUCUCUUCUACUUUCUGCGAACGGCGGGGCGCGCACUUGUGAGGCCUCACGAACAGCGGAGAGAGGGGCAAGCGUUGUCACGUCGCAGGUGCCGUGAGCAGACCUUCUCAAAAAGGAACAAAUAUACGAUGCGGCGCCCAGGCGAGGCCGGCGCUGCUGAAGAGUGGCAGGCUUCACGCCGUGGACUCACAUUCCAUCCCGUUUUGAUCGAGGUGGCCGGUGGAAUGGAGGAUGAAAUCGUCCACGACGUUACGCAGCGACUGCGCCAGUACCGCAAUCGUUACACUCCCUUGCUGCGCUGCAUGUUCACUCUGGUCGCAACCGCCGUGCCCGAAGCUGAACUGUUCGGCGACGAGCCGGGGUUGGUCACUGCCGGUGCAGAGGGCAGCAGCAGCAGUGGCAGCAGCCGCAGCGUUGGCCGUCCGACAAGCCAACGUGUAGCGCCGCUCUUUACCGCGCCGCGCUGCGCGGUGUCGGUGAACAAAGUGUACCCGCUGGUGCGGCGCCUCUACACGUCACCUCAACCGAGAAUCGGUGACGCUAGCAUGCGUCUUUCCCCUGUCUCUACUCUCGGGACCCUACUAGGCGAAUCGGAGACUGCCACGUCGGCGCUGCUGCUGCCGUGGGUAGAUUGCAGCGAGGCAAGCGACCACAGCAGCAUCACCGCCACCGCCACCGCCACCGCCACUACCGCUGCUGCCUGCCGUCAGCGGGCUGUCCAUCAGUUGGAGGAGUUCAUGUCCUAUCACUUUUUACCGUUUGCCAUGACACACAACACCCUCUCGCCCCCCACCAUCACCACCACGGAUGCAGCUUCUCCCAGCGCUCCCGCCGCGCUCUCAGCAGAGCGAACCUUUGUCUUACGCCACUACGUCAAUGAGGCGAGCCGCACCUCGUCCUUCCUCUUCGCGGACCCUUAUCACUCCCCGUGCAUGCUGUCUUCCGCCGACGUUGGGAAGUCGACGGCGCUGCAAGCCGUGCUGAUCGACCCGCGAGAGGAGCAGGUGGAGGCCUACCUCGCCGACAUCGCCGCCCUCGAUGCCACGCUGUCCUGCGUCAUCUUCACCCAUUGCUACGUCGACGGCAGCGCGGGGCUGUCCGCCCUCGUUGCCCACUUCCCGGCGGUGCGGGUCGUGUCCGGCCUUCCGCUGGCGCCUGCCGGCACGAGGCGCUGCCUCUUCAUCAGCUCCUAUUUGUGCUUAUCCACCGUCGCGAUCCCUGCCUUUUCGCCCGAGUGUCUGCUGGUUGAGGUGCACGCGGGCGGCACGCUGGUGGGACUGUGCCCGGGUGUGCUUUGGAGCACGGAUGCAGCUCCUCGCUGGGACCUCUUGCAGUGGUCAUCGUACCCGGCUGCCCCGCAAACGAGUCGCUCAACAGGUUUGAUGAAUCUUUCCAAGCACGAAGAACACGAAGAGGAAGGAAAGGGUGCCGCGCCGUACGGUGGAGACGUUCGAGAUGCGGCGCUGGCGCACACCCAUCGCGUGUUGAAGGAAUUCUUUUUCGACCCCUACUUGGCUCCGCUGUGCGGUACUGCAACGCCCACACAGGAAAGGGACCGACCAGGCAAGUCCGCACGCGCUGAAGGUGACGCGGCACGCGAUGAAACUAACAGCGCGGUGCCUCCCGCGAUGGAGUCGUCAAAGAAGAGGAUUACAGAUCUGCAGCGCGUGGUGCUGCUCCCCACUCACGGCGGCUACAGCAACGUCACGAAUCAACUGGACCUGUACUGGGCCGUGCACCUCGGCGACCUGUGCCGCAUGAAGCACUCCCGCACCGUCAUUGACACCCUCGCAACGAGCGCGGACGUCUUUGUGAAGUACCACAAGCGCCUCCCUCGGCUGCCGCACCCGCCGCUGUUUGACGCGAGCCGUGUGUUUCACGCGCGGCAGCUGCUGCACUUCAUGUCGGCGGAGCAGCGUGCUCGCUGUGUGGCGCAGCUGCCGGCGGACAUGGGGCGUGCGCUGACCAACUCUUUCGACCCUUUUUUUGCUUCGAUGACGGGAGGCGAUGCCUGCAGCACCAACAGCAGCAGCAGCAAUGCAACGCCGCACGCGUUGACGUCGUUUGUGAACGUCGUGGACGUGCGCGAUGCGAAGGACUACCACGCCCUGCACCUGAGCGGGGCGGUCAAUGUGCCGAUGAGCUUCCCGGGCGUCGCAUACGGCGCACGGCGGGCGGAGUUGUGGCUGCAGUGUGUUCUCGUGCCUCAUCAGCCGGUGCUGGUGCUGUGCGCCGCGGCCUCGCAACGAGCCGAGGUGAAGCGACGUCUGACCGCGCUGUCGCCGGGCUGCACGGUCGUCGUUUUUACGCUGGAGGACCUUCCGCACUUUGCACAACAAGAGGUUCAACCACCACCACCCCAACAAAGCACCAGCGCAUUCGCGGCGGAUGCACCGCCUUCUGCGGCUGUGCCGUGGCAUGAGUUCCACUGCGAGCGGCCCAGAGGGCUGCCAGCGGAGACGCCGAUCCCGCAGGAUGUUGUGUGGGUACGGCACGCCAACGCGCUGGCCCGUUUGACCACGUACGAGCACCUCAUCGCGCUGGAGCCGACCGACACGCAUGUCGUGAUGGACGUGCGCACGCCUUACGAGUUCAAGAACGGCUCGCACCAGCACAGCGUGCACGUGGAGCUGUCGGAGAUGUGCACCUUGGCGGUGGAGGACGCCAUCCAGGCUUCCUCCUCGUCCUCACUCGUGCAGAAUCACCACAGGAACAGCAAUAAUGCGGAGGAGGUGCGGUGGCGCGUUGGCAGUUCGCCGCGCUUGGCGGAUGUAUACCUCGAGAAGUUGCACACCUCGGCGCUGCUCGCGGGACUGCCCGUCGUACGGCAGGAGACGUCGCUGUCAGACGUGGUCAUUUACUGUGCAGGUGGGUACCGGUCGCUCAUUGCGGCCUCGCUGCUGCAGCGGGCGGUGGAGACGUCGGCGAACCCGGCGUGGCGCGCGCUGCACAUCGCGGAUGUCGCGGGUGGCGCUUUUCAGAUAAUGACGCAGCGGCCCGAUCUAUGGCGAGUAAAGGAUCGCUCUAUUAUCUGUAUUAGCUGA